AUGGCAAGCCAUUCUACAUUUGAAUCGGGAAUUUAUAUUCCAUCUUUUGCUGCAAUGAUGUUGAUUGCUGCACUGGUGACAGUUGGGGUUUCAUUAAUCACUCUGUUGAUUACAUUGCUCGUAAUGCUAAAAUCCUGUGAAAGUAGGAGUGCCGGUGUUGUCGAGGUGUGGAAAUCUAGUGAUGAUUACAGUUAUUGCAAACUUUUUGCUCUUCAUGCGGAGCUCAAUCGCUUGGACAUAGAUUCUUUCCCUGCAAUUUGCAAGGAUGUUGCUGUACAGUACAUUAAACAAGGUCAAUACAUGAGAGAUUUGAAUAUCACAGUGGGGAUUGCUGAGAGGUACUUAGGCACUGUAAAACCAUCACAUGAUGGCCUAGACGUGGUGUUAAUGGACAUAGAUGACUUAUUUCUCUCAGAGUUUUAUUAUACUGAUGAUGGACUGUUGGCCAGAUUCAAUCUGUAUGGAUGUAAAGAUUGUAGUAAAGAGGCAACAAAUCUGAAACGUGUGUCCUUUGUAGAACUGUACAUGAAAAUUCGAGCUGCUGGAUGGCCAUUGGCUUUGUUAUCAAGGAAGCCUGAGAAACUACGGAAUACCACCGUAGAACAACUUAUUUCAGCUGGAUGUAGUGGUUGGUCUUCAUUAAUUAUGAGAUCAGACGAUGAAAUGCCAAUGGAUAGUUGUGAAUAUUUUACCAGAAGAAGAGGUGUGAUGCAAAGUGAAGGUUUCCAUAUCACGGCUGUGAUUAGCAGCCAGAUGGAUGCUUUAACAGGCCCAUAUCUAGGAAAGCGCAUUUUCAAGUUUCCAAACCCGAUUUAUUACAACACAGGGCACCCUAUGGAAAGCAGAAAUCUCCCACAAUAG